AUGCUAAAAAGGCCAACCGAAUUUGAUGAGGCGCCGUUCCUUUCAAAAAAGCUAUGGAGCAAAACGGAAACCCGAUUAUGGACAGCGACACUUUUUACCGGAACAUGUAUGUUGUACGCAUCUCGAAUUGCUCUUCCCAUUUGUGCGGCCGUCAUUUCACUCGAGUACGGUUGGAAUAAAACCGAUUCGGGAACCAUUUUAUCCUGCUUUUUCUGGGGUUAUGCGAUCACGCAACUGGUAGCCGGCGGAUUUGCUGAUGCUCAUGGUGGUGAGCGCAUUUUGCCAAACACAUCUUUUGUUUGGAUUCUGUUGACGAUUUUUACGCCACAGAUUUUCGACUUUGCUUAUUGGAGCGGUUUUCCUUUUACGAUUUUGUUAAUAUUCAGAAUAAUUUACGGAGUAGCACAAGGUUUUCACGUGCCAUCAAUGGCUUCAAUCGUUUCUCGACAUCUCACAACAAUCGAUAAAGGCAAAGUAUUCGGUUUUUGUCUAGCGGGAUCACAUUUCGGAACCGUGCUUGCUGGUGUCGUCGGGUCACUGUUGCUUGAAUGGCUUGGUUGGAGAGUUCUUUUUCAAUUUCUCGGUGUAAUCUCAUUGCUAUGGUUUUGGUGGUUUCGAGCUCUUUUGAUUCAUGUCGCAGAUCCUCGUACGAAUCAUACAGAUUCCGAUGAGGAAACGAAAACAACAAAGCCUCAAAAAGAAGAGAAUGGAGUUAUGGCAGGAAUACACAAGACCACCCAAGGAGUUCCCUGGGGAGUACUUCUUCGACACCCAGCCUGGUGGGCGGCUGCAUUCGCCCAGUUCACCGGUGGAUAUGCCUACUUUACAAUGUUCAAUUGGCUACCUUCAUACUUCCACGAGAAUUUCCCAUCUGCUAAGGGUGUCGUCUACAAUGUUGUACCAUCAGCAGCAAUCGUUACUACGUCAAUGAUUGCACCUUUCAUAGCAACACGCCUAAUCUCAUCAGGAUAUUCAUUGACGGCGACUCGUCGAAUUAUGGAAGGAACAUCUCUAUGUGGCUGUGCGAUUCUUCUUCUAUUAGUGCCAUCUACACAUACAUUUCCGAUGGCUCUCCUCGUUUUUACAUUAGCGAUGGCAGCUCGAGGACUUCACCACGGAGGUGUUUCUGUAAAUCCACACGACUUUGCUCCGCAUCACACCGGCGCCGUUUUUGGUAUUUUCAAUGCAUUCGGGGCGAUCACUGGAUUUGUUGGGGUUUAUGUAGCUGGCCAUAUUUUGGAGGCAACAAAUAAUAAUUGGGGAUACGUUUUCGUAAUAACCGCGGUUCAAUGUAUUCUCGGAGCAAUAGUUUACGGGAGCUAUGGUACCGGUAAUAAAAUAAUU